AUGCCCAGGAACUAUGAGCCUGCAGCGUCAGUAGGGAUGUUGGCUGCCGUGGAACAUGGACCGAUUCUCUGCAGCGACUCCAACAUCCUGUGCCUGUCGUGGAAAGGCCGCGUCCCGAAGAGCGAGAAGGACAAACCCGUGUGCCGCCGCAGGUACUACGAGGAAGGAUGGCUGGCCACGGGCAACGGGAGGGGGGUCGUGGGCGUCACCUUCACCUCCAGCCACUGCAGACGGGACAGGAGCACCCCCCAGAGGAUCAACUUCAACCUGCGCGGCCACAACAGUGAAGUGGUCUUGGUGCGAUGGAAUGAGCCGUUCCAAAAGCUGGCGACGUGCGACAUGGAGGGAGGGAUCUUUGUGUGGAUCCAGUACGAAGGACGAUGGUCUGUGGAGCUGGUGAAUGACAGAGGAGCACAGGUGAGCGACUUCACCUGGUCACAUGACGGGACUCAGGCUCUGAUCGCCUACAGAGACGGCUUCGUGCUGGUGGGAUCUGUCAGUGGGCAGAGACACUGGUCGUCUGAAAUCAACUUAGAGAGUCAAAUCACUUGUGGCAUAUGGACCCCUGAUGAUCAGCAGGUGUUGUUCGGCACCGCAGAUGGCCAGGUGAUUGUGAUGGACUGUCACGGCCGGAUGUUGGCUCAUGUUUUGCUGCACGAGUCGGACGGCAUCGUGAGCAUGUCCUGGAACUGCCCUGACUUCCUGGUGGAGGACAGCACUGAGAGCGACACUGACUCUGAUGACAGUAUUCUGCCCAUCGCACGAAGAGUCAAACCUUUGUUGACAGUCACUUUUUUAUCCGGAGAUAUUAGUUUAAUGAACAACUAUGAUGACUUAUCCCCUGCUAUAAUUCGCUCUGGGCUAAAAGAUGUAGAGGCCCAGUGGUGUUCUCAGGGAGACCUCUUGGCUGUGGCUGGGAUGGAGAGACACAUCCCCUCAGAUACAGCGUGUGCAUCAAUCAUGAGGAACGCACUGGUUAAAUUUUACAAUGUCCAAGGAGAGCACAUCUACACGCUGGAGACCCCGGCACAGAGGCCCAUCACCACCAUCUGCUGGGGUCAUCGGGACUCACGACUGUUUCUUGCCUGUGGUCCAGCUCUGUACGUGGUCAGAGUGGAGCACCGUGUGGCCAGUCUGCAGCUCUUGUGCCAGCAGGGCAUCGCGAGUGCUCUGAGAGAGGAGAAGGACGUGGGCAAACUCAACAUGCCCUCACUGCUCUGCUCCUAUGUCACCACAGCUUUCAUCCCAACCAUUAAACCCCCAAUUCCUGACCCUAACAACAUCCGGGACUUUGUGAGCUACCCCACCUCUGGGAACGAACGCCUCCACUGCACCAUGAAGCGGGCCGAGGACAGUCCUGAGGCUGGGGGGCCCUGCUACACCCUGUACCUGGAGUAUCUGGGUGGACUGGUGCCAAUCCUCAAAGGAAGACGCAUAAGUAAACUCCGGCCAGAGUUUGUUAUUAUGGAUCCUAAGACUGAUAGUAAAGCAGAUGACGUGUGUGUGAAUCCCAUUGCCUUCAGUGACAGCUGUAACUGCUCUGACUCCAGUGAUAUUGAGCUGAGUGAUGAGUGGGUCAGCAAAAAGUCACCCAAGUUAUCACGAGGGCACAGAAUUAAUUUGGAAUCCAGAAAGUCUCCAAAACUAUCACGAGCCAAUCAGGAAGUUGUCUAUAAGACCAGCUUGCUUCAUUUGCAACCGAGACAGAUGACAAUCUACCUUCCUGAAGUGAGGAAGAUUUCUCAUGACUUCAUGAGUCUCCCUGUGUUCAAUCCCAAUGUUUUCAGUGAAGAUGAAGAUGACUUACCCGUGAUGGGUCCUUCUGGUGUGGCUGGAGACAAUCCUCCUUGUACUGUCAAUAUUCCCAUUGCUCCCAUUCACAGUCCUGCUCAGGCCAUGUCUCCUACUCAAAGCAUCGGCCUGGUGCAGUCUCUCCUGGCCAAUCAGAACAUCCAGCUGGACGUCCUGACUAACCCCACAGCCAACGCAGCAGCAGCAGCCGCAGCUGCUGCAGCAUCUGUCCCACAUUGCCCCCUCUGCCUCCUCCUCACCAUCUACCGCCUCAGCCACAAAGACAAAGCCACUCGCAGCCUCCACGCCAACCUCCACCCAAAGCAUCUCAACAAGGGCAGAGGAUGCACCACCAACACCAACAGCUUCAACAACAGCAACUUCACCAACACCAACAGCUUCAACAACACCAACAGCAACAACAACACCAACAGCUUCAACAACAGCAACUUCACCAACACCAACAGCAACAACAACACCAACAGCUUCAACAACAACAGCAACUUCACCAACACCAACAGCUUCAACAACACCAACAGCAACUUCAACAACAACAACAGCUUCAACAACACCAACAGCAUCUUCAACAACAACAACAACAACAACUUCACCAACAACAACAGCUUCAACAACACCAACAGCAACUUCAACAACAUCAACAACAGCAACUUCAACAACACCAACAGCAACAGCUCCAACACCAACAACAGCAACUUCACCAACACCAACAGCUUCAGCAACAGCAACAACAGCAGCUUCAUCAACAGCUCCAGCAGAACCAACAACAACUUCAGCAACACCAACAACUUCAACUUCAGUCCCAGUCACAGCAUGUUCCAUCGCUGCAGCAGGCCCCACCGCCAUCACCUCAAACUAUUCAGCAACAGCAACAACUUCAGCAGCAGCAACAACAGAUCCGACAGCAGAUUCAGGAAAUGA